UUUCAUGACAAAGUUUUUAGAGCAUAUUAUCGUUCAUCAAGUAGAAGCAGUGCUUCAAGUCGAAGUAGUAGCAGUUCCUCAACGGGUAGCAGCUUUUCAAAUCGCUCUGAAAGUCACACACGAAAAGCAUUUAGAUCUCGGUCACCUAGCAGAGAUCGGGAUUCUGAAGAUAGUGAUGAGCAAAGAGAAAGAAGAGCUUUACGUAAACAGAUUCGGGAAAAAGAAAUUGCUUAUGCAGAUAGACUGCGUAAAUGGGAAGCCCGAGAAAGGAGGCAAGCGAAAUUAUAUGAAAGAGAUGAGCAACGUGAAAAACAGCGUAAACGUGAUAUGCAAAAAGAAGCAAAAAAGUUGAAACAUUUUUUGGAAGAUUACGAUGAUGAACGCAUGGAUCAAAAAUAUUACAAGAGUUCAUCAUUGUUCCAACGUCGGCGAGAUUUUGAACGUGAGCGGGAAGCAGAUGCGAAGGAUCGACAACGUGAGCAACAAGAAAUUGAAGAGCUUAAAAAGCAGAUUUUGGCUGAAAAUGCUAAUGUAGAAAAUCCUGAUGAAGAAGCCAGAAAACGUCAUGAAGAACAGGAAGAAGCUUUGUUGCGAAAAUUACGAGCAGACUCAGGAAGUCCCAACCCUCAUCGACCGCUGGGUCAGAAGCCGUUGCCAUCUGAACAAGAAAAAGAUGAAGAAAGUGAUGAAUCUGAAAGCGAUUCUGAGAGUGAAGGAAGUGCUGAGGAAGUGGUAGAAGCAGAUAACUUUGUUGAAAAAAGAAUCACAUGUGAAGAAACACCUGUUAUCAAUUCACCCAUGGCUAAUACUGCUUCACCUUCUGUAAUUUCCAAUUUGAAUGGAGUGUUUGGUUUUGAAGAAAAUGAUGAAGACUCUGCAUUUCGAAAAAAAAAACUGAAACCAUUCGAAAUCACUGAAGAAGACCGAAUUCAGUCUAUGACUUCUGAGGAACGCAAGCAGAUGAUUAAGGAUUUGAUUGAUCGGAUUCCAACUGCGAAGAGUGAUUUAUUUGGUUUUCCGAUUAACUGGAAUUAUGUCGAUAAAACGCUCGUUGAACAAAGAGUUAAACCGUGGGUUUCUAAAAAAAUAACAGAUUACAUUGGGGAAGAAGAGGCGUCACUAGUUGAUUUUGUUUGUGAAAAAGUGACAUCUAGAACGGAUCCACAGAAAAUUCUUUCUGACAUUGUUACCGUGUUUCAGGUUUUGGAUGAUGAGGCAGAAGUAUUCGUUGUAAAAAUGUGGAGGCUUUUAAUUUAUGAAUCAGAAGCGAAGAAAUUAGGUCUUUCCAAGAAAAUAUAA